AUGGAUAAGGAUGAUAUUCUGGCACAGGCAGUUGAAAAUGAUGCAAACUACAAUGAUAGACUUCAAGUCAUCAAAUCCAACGAUCACAUUGAUGCAAAAUUCGGUUUUGUGAGAUAUACAGGAAUUGUGGAGAGAAAAGGUUUCCUCAUUAAUAUUCAACCGGUAAUUAUUUUAUUUGGGAACUGAUUUGAUAUAAAUAUGCUUUAAAUUUUUCAGUCAGAAAUGGUCGAUGAGCAAACAAAAGCAAUUAUUUCCGUCGUCGAUUAUUUUUUCAUCAGUGACAUGGACGAACGCUUCAAAAUCUCCUAUCCGUUCCGCCCAUAUUUUUAUAUCUCAACUCUCGAUGGUUGCGAAUUCCAAGUCUCCUCAUAUUUAUCCAAAAAAUAUGGCGGAUCCACCACAAUCGAGCACCUCGAAAAAGAAGAUUUGGACUUGAAAAACCAUCUUUCUGGCCUCAAAAAAACAUAUAUCAAAUUAACAUUUCCAAGUUCUGUGGAAUUAGCCAAAGUGCGGAAGGAUUUGAUGCCUUUAAUUCGAAAAAAUAAGGAGAAAAUCAAGAAGGAAUCGCAGUAUGUUACGUUUUUGGCAAAUAAUAUGGGAGGAAAAACUCAAGCGGAAUAUAAGGAUGGGGAUAUUUUAUCAUCAAUUGUUGAUAUUAGGUGGGUAUUUUUUCAGAAAUCUCCUAACAUUUCAUAUUUUGUAGAGAAUACGAUGUGCCAUUUCAUAUGAGAGUUUCAAUCGAUGAGAAAAUCUUCGUAGGACUUUGGUAUGAUGUAAAAGGAGUUGGCCCAAAUCGAAUCCCAACAAUCAUUCGAAAAGAUCUCGGCAGUUUCCACGCCAAACCAAAAGUCCUCGCAUUCGACAUCGAAACCACAAAACUUCCCCUUAAAUUCCCGGACAGAGAAAGUGAUGAGAUUAUGAUGAUAUCUUAUAUGGUUGAUGGUCGAGGAUAUCUAAUUAUUAAUCGAGAAAUUGUAUCAGCUGAUAUUAAUUCAUUUGAAUAUACACCAAAAGAAGAGUAUAAAGGGGAAUUUGUAGUUUGGAAUGAGAAUGAUGAAAGUGGCCUGAUUCGACGAUUUUUUGAUCAUUUUUUGGAAGUUCGUCCAAAUAUUGUUGUCACUUAUAAUGGUGACUUUUUCGAUUGGCCAUUUGUUGAAGCGAGAGCUAAGAUUCGAGGUUUUGAUAUGGAAAAAGAAAUUGGAUUCUCCAAAGAUUCUGCUGACGAAUAUAAAAGUCGAAAUGCGAUUCAUAUGGAUGCUUUUCGUUGGGUGAAACGUGACUCAUAUUUACCGGUUGGAUCGCAGAAUUUGAAAGCGGUGACGAAGGCGAAAUUGAGAUAUGAUCCGGUGGAAGUGGAGCCGGAAUUGAUGUGCAAAAUGGCCAGGGAACAGCCGCAGGUACUUUUUUAAGCUUGAGCUAUGACACGGCAAAAUUUGGAGUUUAUUUUUUGAAAAUUUAAAUUAUCUGAACUUCAUAGUCAAAUUAUUUAUUUUUUGAAACAGUAAAUUUUUAAUAGUCAAAAGCUUUAACGGAAACCAAUCAACUAAUUCGAAAUUUUUCUAGUUGAUAUUAAUUUUUUGAAACAGUCAUUUUUUCAUUUUAAAACAAUUUUAAUUUUUACUGAAAAUUUGUUAUGGAUUCACAUUUUAAAAAAAUUUUCAUUUUAUUGGAAAAACUAUAAUGGUAACCAAUUACUUGAAUUCGAACGUUCUAAUUGAUAUGGAUUUUUUGAAACAGUCAUUUUUUUAAUUUUACAUUUUUAACAUUGUCAGCUUUUCAAAUUUUGCCACGUCAUAACUCAUUUUCUUCUCUCACUAUUUUCCAAAUCCAACUUUUUGCAGCAACUCGCGAAUUAUUCAGUAUCAGAUGCAGUUUCAACAUAUUAUCUCUAUAUGAAAUAUGUUCAUCAAUUCAUUUUUGCUCUUUGCACAAUUAUUCCAUUAGGAGCUGAUGAUGUUCUUCGAAAAGGUUCGGGAACAUUAUGUGAAGCAUUGCUCAUGGUAGAAGCAUUCCAUAACAAUAUCAUUUUUCCCAAUAAAUAUACGGGUUUGGAUGAAGCGAGUUUCUCCAAAGAUGGACAUCGAAUUGAAAGUGAAACGUAUGUUGGAGGACAUGUUGAAGCACUUGAAGCCGGUGUAUUUCGAGCUGAUAUUCCGGCGAGAUUUCGAAUGUCGGUGCCGGCGUUGACGAAUUUGAAAAAUGAAGUUUGUGAGACGUUGAAAAAGGAAUUGGUCAGAGAAUUUGGUGUCACUUUGGAUCAAGUUUUGGAUUUUGAGGAGAGGGUUUGUUUUUUUCUUUUGAAAUUUUGAAAAUGGGGUGAAAUUUGACAUAUGAAAUUUUUCACUGUUUCAAAAAAUUUGUAAAGUAUUUUUCUAAGUUUUAGAUUUAGUAUUUCUUGUUUAAUUUCAGAAAAUAAAUAUUUUAGCCAAAAAAAGGUGGAAUUAUUAUUGGAGAUACUGUGAAAAAUUCAAGCUCACAAUCAAAUGAAAAACAAUUUUGCAAUUUUUUUAAGAACUGAAACAAAAUUUUUUUGAAACGUUUUUUUCAUUGGUAGAAUUAUAGGAGUUGUAAUCAUUAAAGUAUUGUGAUCUUUCAAAAUUUGGAAAUUUUUUGAAACAGUGAAAAUAUUUUUGGGAUAAAAUUAAAUAAGAAAAAAUUUAGAGAACUUUGGUUCAAAAGUAACUAUUUCCAAUUAAUUUUUGAAUUUUCACGUUUUAUUCUCCUAUCGAAUCAUUUUUCAAGAUUGAGAAUUAUUUUAUUCAAAAUUUGAAACGUAUUUUUUUAAGGCUCAAAAUUUUCAGAUCAAUAUGAUAACAAACUUUAUUUGAAACAGUGAAAAUUUUUUGAAUUAAAUUUUCUUUUGCAUCAUUUUUUUCAAUAAAAGAUAAUUAAAUUAUCAAAUAACAUGCAUAAAAUUGAAUAACAAAUUUUUUUGAAACAGCGAAAAAAUUUGUUUUCCAGUGCGCUGAAAUCCACGAAACCUUUGAUGGUCUUCUCGCCGCUCCAACUCGUCUCGAAAAUCCACGAAUCUAUCAUUUGGAUGUUGGAGCAAUGUAUCCGAAUAUCAUUUUAACGAAUCGACUUCAACCCUGUGCCAUGGUCAACGAGGAGAUUUGCAUGGGUUGCUCUUUCAAUAAACCCGAUGCGAUUUGUAAACGAACAAUGGCUUGGGAGUGGAGAGGAGAAUUGAGUGAGUGAAAGGGUUUUUGGGGUCUAGGGGAUGGUUUUGUCUUUUGAAAGACUCAGAAAUUUAAAAAAUUGAUAGUUUUCAGAAAUACACGUGGCGAAGGCUGAAAGAGGGAUUUCUAAAAUUUCAAACAUCAAAAAAACUUACGCAUAAAUCAUUGCCACGUGGCAAAACCUCUUGAAUGAGUUUUGGGCCGAAAAACGGCUGAAAAUUCAAAAAUAUGCCACGUGGCGAAAAUCUGGAAUUUUUGAGCUCAAAAAUAUAUUCUUGAAAAUUUGGAAAUCCAAUUUCUCAUAUGCAAAAUACUUGAAAAAAAAUCGAGAAUUAACUUUUUGAAAAAUUCCCGAAAAUAUAAAACUUCUUCAAAAAAUUGCCAGAAUUUCCAGAACUAAUUAAAGGGUUCAAACUUUAAUUUAACAACAAAUUUCACUUGGCAAAAUAACUGCAUUUUAAAAUUUAAAAUACCAAUUUUUUAGUCCCGGCAACACGUGGUGAAUAUCAACAAAUAAUGCAACAACUCGAAGCCGAAUCAUUUGGCAAACCGCCAAAACCAUUUCAUAUGCUCGAAAAAGCCGAACGAGACGCCAUCGAAACGAAACGUGUCAAAGACUACUGUCGACGUGUCUACGGUAAAACACAUUUGACACGACUCGAAAUGCGCGAAACUAUGAUUUGCCAACGAGAAAAUCAUUUCUAUGUGGAAACGGUGAAAGCAUUUCGUGAUCGACGAUAUGAAUAUAAGGAUAUGUUGAAGAAAUCGAAGGGGAAAUUUGAUCAGGCGGCGAAGGAUAGUGAUUUGGCGACGAUGGCCACGGCGAAAUGUGAGUUCGGAGGGGGAUGUGUGAUUUGGAAUCUAAAAAUAUUUGGUUUGAGAAUUGGGAAAAUUUCAAAAGACUUCUAAAUUUCUGGAAAAAAAAGCCUUGAAAAUUUACCAUCGAAAUUCGAAUAUUAUCAGCAAUAUUUGAUGUGUUUUUAUGUUUUUGUUUAAAGGUGGAGUCCGAGCAAGACAUACGUUGUGCUAAUUUGAAAGAUCAUGUUCCAAUUAGUACAAUCCUCGAAAGAUUUUUUCUGGAAGCUUCUCAAACAUUAAUUAAAAAACUCUAAAGUUCGAAAAAACAGUGAAACACCGUGUAAAAUGGCUUGAAAGUCCAUAUCUCCAACCGUUUGGAGCUGUGUUUCUCUAAUGUUAGAGAAGCUUUCAGAAAAAUCCUUCGAGGAUUGUACUAAUUGCAACAUGCUCUUUCAAAUUAGCACAACUUAUUUUUUGCUCGGACUCCACCUUUAAAAAACCUGAAAAAUAUACGUUUCAAAAAUUCUAUAUUAUUUUGAGAAUUUAUUUUUUUCGAUAGUAUGUUUGUUUUCCGAUCUCUUCUCAAUUUUUGCAGCCAAAAAAUCCUACUAAAUCACAUUUUUUUUUCAGUAGAAAUGGUGCUCUAUGAAUCACUUCAACUUGCUCACAAAUGUAUUUUGAACUCAUUUUACGGAUAUGUAAUGCGAAAAGGAAGUCGAUGGUUUUCGAUGGAAAUGGCUGGAAUUGUAUGUCAUACUGGAGCAAAUAUUAUUCGAGAAGCUCGAAAAUUGGUGGAAUUGAUUGGAAAACCGCUGGAAUUGGAUACCGAUGGAAUUUGGUGCCUGAUUCCGGCGAGUUUUCCCGAAAAUGUCACUUUCAAAUUGCAAAAUCAUAAGAGAGAUUCGGUGAGUUUGGUUAUGACGUGGCAAAGUCGGAAAAAAUUCGAAAAUUUGAGCUUCUCAUCUCAUUGAGAAAUUCUGUAAAUGUUCAAAAUACCACAAAAUUUGAGUUUAAACAAUUUUUCAAAUGUUCAAAAAUAAAAUCCUUCAAAAUGAAAACAUUUUUGAAAAAAUAUUAAAAAUUAAUUUCAGGUCACUGUAUCUUACCCCGGAGCAAUGUUAAAUGCAUUGGUUUACGAAGGAUUCACAAAUCAUCAAUAUCAAACUCUGGAAUCAGAUGGAUCUUAUUCAACAAAAUCGGAAAAUUCGAUUUAUUUCGAAGUUGAUGGACCAUAUCAAUGUAUGGUUUUACCGGCUUCGAAAGAAGAGGGAAAAAAAUUGAAAAAAAGAUAUGCGGUAUUUAAUUUGGAUGGAUCAUUGGCUGAAAUGAAGGGAUUUGAAUUGAAAAGACGAGGAGAAUUGAAUAUUAUCAAACAUUUUCAAAGUUCCGUGUUCAAAACAUUUUUGAGCGGUCAAACAUUGGAAGAAACGUAUAAUUGUGUGGCGGCGGAUGCGGAUCAUUGGUUGGAUAUUCUGUAUACACAUGGAUCGGAUUUGGCCGAUGAAGAACUGUUCAGUUUAAUCUCGGAGAAUCGGAGUAUGUCGAGAAAAUUGGAGGAUUAUGGAACACAGAAGAGCACGAGUAUUAGUACGGCUAAACGGUUGGCCGAGUUUUUGGGAGAGGAAAUGGUGAAGGAUGCCGGAUUGGCGUGUAUGUUUAUUAUUUCGAGAUAUCCGAUUGGUGCGCCGGUGACGGAGAGAGCCGUUCCGGUCGCCAUUUUUAAGGUGCGGGUUUUUAGGGCUUGGAGGCCCCAGAGGAAAGGGAGGGAUUCGGGAUCUUUGGGAGAAAAUUUGGCUAAAUUUUGGGGAAUUUUUGAAAUUGAAAAUUUCAAUUUUGAAUUUUAAAUCCACGUAGAAAAUGAUGGCGCAAAAAUUCGAAAAAUUCUUUAAAUUUUCCAGUUUUCCACGUGGUCUAGUUUUUGCAACAGUUCGGCCACGUGGAUUUUCCACGCGAAAUACUGGAAAUCCAAAUCUUUUGAGAAUAUUCACCGAAAUUUGCAAAGAACAAGGCCACGUUGGUUUUCCCAGCCAAAAAUUCGAAAAAUUCACAUUUUCGCGCCCAAAAAUCCACGUGGCCUAAUUUUUGCAUUACAGUUCGGCCACGUGGAUUUUCCAGCGAGAAUUUCAAAAAUUCGAAAAUUUCACGUUUUCGCGCCCAAAAAUCCACGUGGCCUAGUUUUCUGAAAAUUUCCGACAUAGGCCUGUUAAAGAUAUUGUCAGUUUCCCCAAAAAAUUGUUUUGUAACUUACGCUGACAGUAUUCUUGGAUUUCAAAUAGUUAAAUAAUGGAUGAAUGAGAUUUUUUAGUGGUGAGAAAAAUAUCAAAAUAUUUUGAAACAUACAAUUUCCCGUAAUUUUUGAAGGUAAAAUUUGAAGCAGGUAAAUAGAGCUUCUAAACGAAUCCACGUGGAUUCCCAUUAGCAGAGUUGUGACGUGGCAAAAAUUGUCACAUGCCAAAUUAAAUAUUUUAUUUUGAUUUUGUACUAUAGUUUCAAGGUUACAUUUUUUUGUAGGAAAAUCAAUGUUAACAAAACGUCAAUUUCAUCCGAAAAUUUUGGGAUUCUUUUGAAACGUAAAUUUUCCUGGAUUUUUUUUCUCAUUUUCCAGGCCGACGCUAAAGUUCGAGGACACUAUUUGAGAAAAUGGACGAAAAAUCAUGAAUUCAAUGAGGAUACCGAUAUUCGAGAUGUAAGUUUUCAAUAUUUUUUGAAAAUUUCUUCUUGAUUUUUCAAUUUCAGCUUCUCGAUUGGGACUACUACAUCGAGCGAUUCGGAAGUUGUAUUCAAAAAAUCAUCACAAUUCCGGCGGCUCUUCAAGGUGUCAGUAAUCCAGUGCCACGUGUUGCUCAUCCAGAUUGGCUUCAAAAUAAAAUACGAAACAAAGUUGAUGCUCACCGCCAACCGAAAAUUAACGCGAUUUUUGGAGUUUGCGAGAAACCUGUGGCCGGAAAACGAAAAAGAACUCCGGAUAUUGAAGAGGCGGAUAAGGAAAAUGAGGGGCCAAAGAGACAGAUGGAAAAGAGCCGAGAGAAAGAAGCUGAAGAGCAACCACUGGAAAAGAAGACUUUGAUAGAUCAUGGAUUUGAUGAAUGGUUGGGAUUUUUGAAGAAGAAGUGGGCAAUUCAACGGAAAGAGCGAAAACAAGCGAUGUCAAAUAGAGAUUCGGAAAAUGUUGAUGCAAUUGUGAGAGGGAUUCGAGAAUCAGAAAAGGAAAAAGAAUGGCAGAUUUUGAGUGUUGAACCCACAAAAGAUGCAUCAUUUUAUAAUGUCUGGUUGAGUAUUAAUGGAAAUAUGCACAAAACUACAAUUCGGAUGACUAGACAAUUAUUAGUUGAUUCGAAAAUUGAGAAAGAUGGGAAGGAGACGAUUCGAAGAAUCCUACCGCAUCAUAAACCUUCCAAUUUUUUGUAUGAAUAUAAAACCGAUGAAACACAUUUGAAUUCACUUAUGGAUAAAUUAUACUCGGAGACUUGUUGCUCGUCGAUUGAUGGGAUUUAUGAAUCGGAAACUCCGCUGGAUUUCAAGGCGUUGAUUCAAAUUGGAUGUGCGGUGAGAGCGGAAACAUUGUCAUCUUCCGCCUUGUCUUUGGAGAAUCUUAGACCAAUUGUCAAUGAGAAAUUUGUGUAUUUAGAGCAACCCGUGCGAACCAUAUUUCUUUAUAAAUUCUCGCAGGAUUCACGGCAUGUUUGGAGUUUGAUUGAUUCGAGUGGAACGAAUGGAUAUUUGUAUGUGGUGAAUAAUGGAGAUAUUCAAUUGCCGAAUAUGGAUGUGUUGUAUGCGACGGCGUUUGGGAAAAUGUGGGUUUUUUGGGAGGAAUUUGUAUAGAUGUUCUAUUGAAACAGUGAAAAAAUGAAAAAAACUAGUUUUUGAUAAUUCCUCCUACUGUUUAUUAAUUUUUUGAAACAGUUGAUUUUUUUGAGAAUUUUUAAAAGUUGGUUUCCUAUAAAUAAUUCAAAAAUAAUUGUCAGAAAAAUUAACUGUUUCAGAAGCUAGUGUUAUUAUCUAUAUAAGUUUGAUCAAUGUUUUCAAAAUUAUACCAAAAAUGAAUGAAAUUAAAUUUUUUACUCCGACUAAACCGAACAUCAAUAAAGUUAGAUGGUUAUUCAUUUAUUUUUCAUUUUUGAAACAGUCAAUUUUUUGAAAAAAAAAUUUUCAAGAUUUUUUAUCAGUUCUCUAUUCAAUUUCGAAUGUUAUUCUAAAUUUUCUUAACGUCAUAUUUAUUUUUUGGAACAGUAUAUUUUUUAGAAAACAAUUUUUCAAGUUUAUUCAAACUUCAUCGAUAAAUCAAUAGUCUAUUUUUUGAAACAGUACAUUUUUAAAGUCCAAGCAUUUAACGGAAACCAAUCAACUAAAUUGGAAUUUUUCUAGUUGAUAUGAAUUUUUUGAAACAGUGAUUUUUUCGCCAUGAAAAUUCAAAUUUGAUAAUGCGUUUCUCCAAAAUUGCAUUCCUGUUUUAUCACUAAUUUUUUGUAUUUUUUUGAAACAGUAGAUUGUUUUGAAAAUUUUUUGAUGCUGGAUUUUAUUGAAGAUUCUCAAAUUCCGAAAAGAAAAUUCUGAUUUUUACUUUUUUUCAACUAAUUUUCCGAAAUAUUUGACUGUUUCAAGAGAUUUAUUUUUUUCUUGGAAUAUUUCUAAAUUUGAUUUGUAUUUUGAGCAAAAAUUAUGAAAGAAAUAUUGUUUGCUUUGAAAAUUUCAUGCUUUUUAUUCAAAUUUUAAAAUUUUACGAAAACAUAUGGUAAAAGUGUGUGAUGAAACUAAAAUUUAAUAUUGAAAGUAGUUCUAAUUUUUAUUGAUAAUAUUUUUAAACAGUAAAUAGAAAUUCUGGUUUUUUUUCGAAAAAUUUGAAAAUGUUUGUUAAUAUUUAUUCUUUGAAACAGUGAAAAAUUUAUUUUGCAGAAAAGGAACCGAAAAAGAGCAAUUAUGCUCAGCCGCCGAGCAAAUUCCAUUUACAACAAAACGUUUUUCAUCGGCCACAGAAUGCGAAAAAGCAGUUGGAAAAGCAUUGCGAACAUUUAGAGAAGCAACAUCAAAAACAACAAUUAUAGUUAUGUUAUCAGAUACGGAUUCGAUGAGAAUUAUGAAAAAAGUGCCGAAUUUGGGAUUAUUUCCACAAUUACAAUUGCAUAUCACUGAACCAUCUUCUUUGUUGAAUCAAAUUGAUUGGCAAAAAGUUGUGGCGCGGCGGAUUAUACAACACUUUUUCAAUUCCUUCUUCUUUGUUGCUGUGAGUUUUUUAAAUGGAGUUUAUAUGUUGAAAGAAAUUAUUAAUGUUAGAAAAAUAGAGAUUUGGGAGAAGGGUUUUUGAAACAGUAAAAUUUUUGUUUUUAUAAAAAAGUUUAUUGAAAAAAAUUCAAUUAGAAAUUUUUGAUUAAAUUCAUUGUUUGUUAUCAAUUUCGAAAAUCCCUAAUUUUAUAAACAGAUAAUUUGAUACAGUAAAUUUUCUGGUUACGAAAAAAUUGAAUUUUUUUUGGAUUUUUAUUUUGAAUUUUUCAACUUGGUUGCAUCAAAUUCUUAUCAAAAAUAGCUUUUCCUAAUACAAAUUUUUUGAAACAGCAUAUUUUUGGUUACGAAAAAAUUUGAACUUUUUUUUUAAAAUCGAAAUCUCCGAUUUUUCAAACUUUUUUGGAACAGUAAUUAAUUUUAGCACAUUAAAAAUUCCGCAAAUGUGAAGUAAUUUGUUGUGAAAAAAUUCAAUUAGAAGUUUUUGGUUAAAUUUAUUGAUGUACGAUUUGCCCCUUAUCAAAUUGAAAAAUUCAGAGUUUAAUAAGCAAACAUUUUGAAAAAGUAGAUUUUUUGGUUUCCAGAAAAAUUUGUUGUUAGAUCAAUUUUUUUGUUGAGAAUUUCAUGUUGAUUUUUUUUGCAAUUAAUUGAAAUCUCCGAUUUUAUUUCAACCUUUUUUGAAACAGUAAUUAAUUUUAGCAAUUAAAACAUUAAUUUUUAUUGAAAAAAAUUGAAUCAGGAAUUUUUGGUAAAAUUUAUGGGACAUCAAUUUUGUUAUCAAUCUGGAAAAUCCAGAAUUUAAUAAGCAGAUAUUUUGAAACAGUAGAUUUUUUGGUUUCCAAAAAAAUUUAGAUUCAUUUUUUGUUGCAAUUGAUUGAAAUCUCUGAUUUUAUUUUAACCUUUUUUGGAACAGUUAUUAAUAUUAGCAAAUUAAAAUAAUUAAUUUGUAUUGAAAUAAAUUCAAUCAGGAUUUUUUGGUGAAUUUUCUGGGACCUCAUUCUGUUUAUCAAAUUGGAAGACCCGGAAUUUAAUUAACAGAUAUUUCGAAACAGUAGAUUUUAGGUUUCUCAAAAAAUGUUAAUUUUUUUAAAAUUUCAAUUUUUAAAUAAAAGAAGCAGAAAAAACAGUUGGAAAUAUCUUUUCCUAAUACAAAAUUUUAAAACAGUAAUUUUUUGCACAUUUCUUCAAAUUUUUGGACUCUUAUGCCUUAUGUCAAUAAAUCAUUAUGGAAAAAAUCUUUAUAUUUUGAAACAGUAAAAUUUUCUGUUUUUGGAAAAAUUUGAAAUUCAUUUUUUGAGAUCAAAUUCAACAGCUCAUCAAAAUUGUUCGAAAAAGUUUUUCCUAAUAUAAAAUUUUGAAACAGUAAAUUUUUAAGAAAUAUUUUUUUACUUUUUUGGCUUCCUAUAAUUUGUCUGCCCCAACCAAUCAUUCUUCUCUUUUCCAGGAUUACCUCGAAUGGUGUCGAUAUCUUCGAAUUCCUCUCGGCAAUCUUCCAUCCGAUCAUUCCCUUUUCGCACUCGAUUUAAUGUAUGCUCGACACUUGCAAAAAGCUGGUCACGCCCUUUGGGCUUCUCGAUCAAGUCGACCCGAUUUGGGAGGAAAAGAAUUGGAUGAUGUCAGAUUGAGUAUUGAUUGGAACCCAUUAUCGAUUGAUGACACGGUUUUGCUGAAUCGACAAACGUUUUGUGAAACUGCGUGUGUUGAAUUGCAAUUGAGCGCUGUGGCGGUGGGUUUUUGGGCGAGAAAAUGUUUUACCGCGUCGAGAAUAUAGGAAAUACCAAAUCUGGAUCUCUGAAGCGUUUUAGAAAUUUUCUAAAUUCGAAAUUUCUCAAGAAAAGCAUUUUUGAAAAUCUCUAAGAAAAUGUAUUUUUGGAAUUUUUUGUUCAAAAAAUAUGUCUAAAAAAUUUACUGUUUUAAAAUUUUCAGAAAAUCUUUGAUUGAAAGUUUUCAGUGAUAUUUAUUUUCAAAAAAUAUGCCAAAAUCUUGCUAAUUUGCGGGAUUCAAUUUAAUAAAAAAUGUAUCCCAAAACGUCACUGUUUCAAAAUUUUAAUAUAAAUAAUUGAUUAAAAAUUUUCAAUGAUUGUGCUCAUGCUUCGAACAAAAUAAUAAUUAAAGCUAUUGGAAAUUUCGGAAAAUAUUCACUGUUUCAAAAAUGCUUUAUUAUUUUUGUUGGAAAAUUUUUGGGGAUACGCGGUUUCCCCGGAAGUAUGUAACAUUUCAAAACCAAAACACAAUUGAAAUAUGCAUUUUUCUCAUCUUCGAAUAAUCCACUGUUUCAAAAAUAUGUUAUAUUUUUCCUCAAUUUAAUUUUCAAAAAGGUUUAUGGUUAACAACUAUUUGGAAGUAAAAGAAAUAUUUUUAAAAAUCCACAAUAAAAUUUACUGUUUCAAAAAUUAUAUAUGAAAAAUUCGCCUUUUCAAAAAUUGCUUCUACAGUCUCCUCUUCAUAAUCAAUAUGUUUUCCUUCAGGUAACUGCUCUCGUUCAACGAAGUCGAGUUUUGGAAGCGGAAGGAGCUGAUGAUGUUGUUGCAUUCGAUUCAGCAAAUCAACUUCCAUCGCAAGCACUUCAAGGUGUAAAGUAAGAAUAAUUUUUUGAAAGGGAUUUUCAGAGGAAUUUUCUGUGCCCUAAAAUUUUGCCCAUUUUCCAGAAACAGUAUAGCUUGUUAUGACGAAGGUGCUGCAGUUGAUUCAAGUCUAAAAGUGCUCAAACAAAUGCUCACCGAAUGUGUCCGUCAAAUUGCUCAUUUCUCAAAUGCUCGAGCCGAUGAAGUUGUAAUGACAGUCGGAAGAUGGUUGAAUACAAGAUCGGCUCUAUUAUUCGACUCAGCUUUGACUCGAUCAAUCGCAGUUCUCGAGAAUAAACUUGUUCUAUUGCUAUGUGCGGAAUGUGAAAGAAUUGGAGCACGAGUUAUUCAUGCGACUGCACAGAAAUUGGUAUUGAAUACCGGGAAAAUGACGAGUGAAGAGGCGAAAUCGUUUACUGAAAUGUUGAUUCAAUCGUUGAGUUCGAAUAUUGUAUUUGCCGCGUUGCAUAUUACGCCAGUCAAGUAUUUUGAUGCAAUGUUGUGGAUGGAUGCAUAUAAUCAUACUGGUUAGAUUUGGGAAAGGGUUUGGGGCGAAAUUCUGGGAAUUUUAUCUGAAAAAUUCAUCCAAAAAAAUAGAAUUUGAUAAAAAUUUCUAACAAGAAAUCCAGUAAAAUUUCUAAAACCUGGCUAUUUUCUAGAAAAUUUUGAGAAAAUCCAAAAAUUGUGAAGUUUCCAGCCAAAAUUUUUUGAUUUUCAGACUAAUUUUUUGAAUAUUUGGCCGGAAAAAAAUGAGCCCGGAAAAUUCUUGGGUUUUUUCUAGAAAAAUGAAAUUUUCAAAUUCAGAUUUUUUCGAAUUUUCAGCCUGGAAACCUGGAAAAUCUCGAUUUUGAACCUGACAUUUAGGAAAAAUCAUGGUUUUUGGAGAAUUUUGACCCGAAAUAUCCAAAAUUUGAGCUACAGUAAUCUCACAGAUUUAGCCUAACUAGAAAUUUUCUUGUUAAAGUUUUCACUACAAAAACUGACUACAAAUUGGAUUGUCAGACAUUUUUGAAUUUUUGGCUGAAAAAAUCAGCUCUGAAAACCAAAGUCAACCUUUUUGCCUUCAGGAAUCCGCGUCAAAUCGACUCAAGAUUCUGAAGAAUCUGAAUCUCCUUCAGAAUCUCAUCCAGAAGACGAAGAUUCAAUGGAAACUGAAAAUAUUUGGAGAAUAUCGGAUGAAAUGCCUGAAGAUGGAAAUGUCAAAGAAUCAUUUGAACAAUUGAUUGUUGGAUAUAUUAUGAUGUUUGUGGAGAAAAAUCGAGAAAUUGUGAGUUUUUAGAUUCUGAAACACGAAAAUUCGAGUUCUGAGGGUUACUUUUGACCUAUUUAGGCUAACUCCGGAAAAAUAUUCGAAAAAAAUUUUUUAAAUGAAAAUGUUCAAAAAACUCAAACAACCUCAGAAAAUCUCAAUUUUUCCUUUGCAGAAUUUCGAUUCGGAAACAGCGAUCAGUUUUCGCUCAGAUUGUAUCACAAAACACAUAUCACAUCGACUUUAUCGAAUUGUCAACAAACUGGUGCAUACAAGUGCUGAAUGUGCACAUUCGGCUGUUUAUUUGGUUGAUGCUGUGAGUUAUUUUUUAUGCAUGAAAAAAAUUCACUGUUUCAACAAGUUUGAAUAAUAUUUUAGAUGCUUUUUGUUUUCGAUAUCUUUAUAGCUAAAGGUUCAGAGAAAAUAUUUUGGAAAUGUAACUUUAAAUUUCAUUGUUUCAAAAAUUUUACAUAAUAUUUUGCAAUUAUAAUUUUUUGAUUGAUAAUAGCAAUUUUUUGGGUUAUUCAGAAAUUUUUUUUUUCAUUUUAAAAUUCACUGUUUCUAAUUUUCCUUAUCCUUUUGUGAUUUGAAAGUUUCAAAAGUGUCAUAACUUUUUUUUGGAAAAUUUAAUAAUUUUGCAUAAUAUUUCUAAUGAUUUUUUGUUAAAAAUAUGCUUCAUUAUUUUUUUUUCAAAAUUUCACUGUUUCGAAAAUUUUGUAUAACAUGUUUUUUCCAUUUUUCGAUGAUAAAUGUAGCUGAUUCGAAAAUAAAACCCAAUUCAAUUAUUUGUUCUGCAUACAAAAAAUAUGAAUUAGCUCAAGUUUUCAUUUUCCCCUCCCUAAAACCUCUCAUUUUCAGCUGUGCCAAGCUUUGAAUUGUGAUUCAUCGUGUAAUUUGGCGAUUGAAGGAGUUCAAGAAAAUGCGAAACGAUUGUUGGAUAAUUCUGUUGGUGAGCAAUUUUCAAAUUUUUACUUCAAUUGAGUUAGAUGGUGUCAUUAGUAAAACAAAUUCAGUUUUCGAAUAUUAAUAAUUUGAAACCUACAUUUUCGAGGUUUUUUUGUGGAGAAAAAAAAUUGAUUUUUUUUGGAACAAUAGUUUUCAAAAAAUAUAACAUUUAAAAAAUCACAAUUUUCCACGUCAAACUUUGAGUUAUGACGUGGCGAAAUUUGAAUGUCUGUUUUUUGAAAUUGUAUCGAUAUUUCUCUUGAAAAUGUGAGAAUUCAAUUUUUCAAACUGAAAUAAUUUUUUUUUGAGAAAAAUUGAAAUUUCACAGAAUUAUUGCAUUUUCUCAAUAGAGCGCUUAUGAAAUUUCGAAUUUUUCAAGUUCUAACCCUAUUUUUCAGUCGAAGCCGAUAUGACUCAUGAUUUAUCGGCUUGCAUGUUCAUCGCCAAUGUUUUCUGUGGUUCUUGUUCACAAUCAUCAAAUGUAUUCUUGACACCAUCAGCUGAAGUUACAACAUGUUCCACGUGUCAAAAUGUGAGUUUUAAUUACUCCUAAUUUUUAAGUUUCCACUAAUUAUCUCAUUUUUUCUCCAGAAAUUGCCGAAUGAUUUGAUCGACACAAUGAUUUGCGAUCGAUUGAAUCAAUUAUUAACAGCCUAUCAAAUUCAGGAUCAUUCUUGUGGCAAAUGUAAAUCGGUAGGUUUUUUUUUCAUUGAACUUUGUCUAAUUAAUUAAUUAAUUAAUUAAAAAUUUCCCUAGGUCCGCCACGAUAAUAUGUCACAAUAUUGUGAAUGUUGUGGACCAUUCAACCCAACAAUUGCUGGAGAAAAACUGAAAAUUGAGGCGAAAACGGUGGAAAAAGUGGCAAAAUGCCGUGAUUUAUCGCUGAGCGCUGAACUUUCGGCUUGGAUUUUGCAAACAAUUUGA